AGGCGGGGCCAUGGCGGCGGUGGGCACUCCGCUGCCCCCGGCGGCUCCGGCGCCCCCUGGCGGCCCCGCGGGGCGGGCUGCGGGCGAGGCGCGGCCCGAGGGGAGCGAGGGGCUGUUCGUGGCGCUGGGCGCGGGGCUCGCCGCCGCCAGCCACCCGCUGCUCUACGUCAAGCUGCUCGUGCAGGUCGGGCAUGAGCCACUACCUCCAACCAUUGGAAGAAAUGUGCUGGGAAGGAAAGUCCUUUACCUGCCUGGCUUCUUCACCUAUGCCAGACACAUUGUGGAAGUGGAUGGGAAGAGAGGCCUCUUCCGUGGUCUUACUCCUCGCCUCAUCUCAAGCACUUUAUCAACCAUCACCAGGGGCAGUGUGAAGAAGGCCUUUCCACUGGAAGACAUGGAGCAUGUUUCUAACAAGGAUGAUGUGAAGACCUCCCUUAGGAAAGUGGUGAAAGAGACCUCCCAUGAGAUGAUGAUGCAGUGCAUGUCCCGCGUUGUCUCACACCCGCUGCACGUGAUCUCUAUGCGCUGCAUGGUCCAGUUCAUAGGCCGGGAAGUCAAGUACAGUGGUGUGUUCGGUGCCAUUGGCAGGAUACUUAAGGAAGAAGGGAUCCUGGGAUUCUUUGUCGGUUUAGUCCCUCACAUCCUGGGGGAUGUCAUCUUCCUCUGGUGCUGCAGCCUCCUGGCUCACUUCAUCAACACCUAUGCUGUGGAUGAUAACUUCAGCCAGGCAUCGGUGAUCCGGAGCUACACCAAGUUCGUGAUAGGGAUCGCUGUGAGCAUGCUGACAUACCCAUUCCUUCUUGUGGGAGAUCUCAUGGCAGUGAACAACUGUGGGUUGCGUGCCGGCCUCCCUCCCUAUGCUCCUGCAUUCACAUCCUGGAUCCACUGCUGGAGGUAUCUCAGUGCUCAGGGGCAGCUGUUCCGUGGCUCCAGCCUGCUCUUCCGCAGAGCUCCCAUCCCAGCCGCCUGCUUCCCCAUCGACUGACUCCUGGGCUGGGAGAGGCGAUGAACUUGGAGUCCUCAAGAAACCCUGAGCUUGAUUUAUGUAUAGUUUUAGUUUUCGAUCCAAAUUCCAUGGUGCCAGAACAAGACACCUCCUCUCCAGUAAGGCCAGCACCAAACUGGCUUCUGGACAUCUUGCUUCAGGCUCCAGCUGGACCAAAGCUCCAUCCUCAUGGCUGUUUCAACCAGGAUGUGCAGCAGAGAGCAGAAGAGUGUUGACUUGUCUCUUUGGUCCAGUUUGUGGCUCUGGAAGUCUGGGAAACCAGGAAAUGCCCAGAUACUAAAAGAGGGACAAAAGACUGCUUCAUUCUGCCUGAGCUGGGGAGCAGCAGGAGAUCCAGGGUCUCCUUGCUGGGAAGGCUACAGCAGGUGACCAGCUUCCUGCCUCUUCUCCUCUGGAGAGGGCAAACGUUGGCAUGGCUCAUCCUGGGCGAGAUCAACCCUGCGACCUGUACGUGAGGUUUUGAGGGUACCUGGACAGUAGGAAGCUCACCAGCUCCCCAGGGUGUGAAAGGGAAAUUGGAAUAUCAAAACAGAAACGGGAAACAAGUCCCACUACAAAGAACAGCACAGUCCCAAAGGGUCAGGCACAGCUCGGCUCUGGAGUGGUGUUGGGUCUUGGACACGGAGAGAGCGCUCAGGGAGGGCUGUGUGCUGUGAUGGCAACUGCCUUGGGAAGGCUUUUUGCAGCAGGAUGGGCUGAUGUAUGUAGGAUACACCCCAUAGAGCUGCUGGGUGGAUCCUGGGGGUGUGUUUCCCAGGGGAGGUGGGGCCUGGUUGCACUGGCAUGGGGGUACCACAGGAGCAUCUCCCAGCCAGCAGCACCAGGAGCCCCGCUGGGCGCCUCCUGAGCCCCAGCACUGCCGCUGCACUGAUGGACUUGGAGCUGCACGUUGUGGUGCUGAGCUGCUGCGCUCUGUCCUGCUUGUGGCUACACCGAAGGGUUCUCACAGGAGCAGCACUCGGUCCAGGGCUGGAAUAAAGGAACAAACCUUGAGCUGGCCAAAGGCUUGCAAGGCACCAGGAUCAAGGGCUCCUUGUGCACAUGGUUGGCUCUUGCGUAGCAGCUCUCUGGUGGCAGCAGGGAGGGAUUUAUCCUCAGCUCUCCAGACAAGAGGUUUAUUUGCACCAGUCUGUGCUGUCGCAGCAGCCAGGCUGAUUCCCCCAUUUGGUUCCCCCACGAAGCAGUCUUUUGCACAGAGGUGUUGCUGCACUCCCUGCGAGGAGGCUUUGGGGUCCUUGAGCAGGUUCCCGUGUGGGGUCACAUCUCCUCGUCCUCUGGGACCCCAACCUGCUGUGGCACAGGGGUUUUCCUGCAUCAGACGGGUCUGAUCCACACCUCCCAGCCAGGGCUUACGGGACAGUGCUGGGAUCAGCAGCCCCAGCCCAGCUCCCUUCGGUGUUGUGAAGCGGGUCCUGACUUUCCUCCCUUCCUCCUAAAUCGUGUUACAGCAACAGAAGUUAAAUAAUGCAUGGUCCUGUUCCCUAACACCAGAGAUGAUUUCAAAGAGGAUUUAACUAUGCUCCAAAAUACAGCUAUAAAACAACUAA